AUGGCGUCAGAUAAUUAUUAUUUUGGUUUUGAUUAUAAUUCAAGUCAAGAUAAUGUAGAAAUUGAAUAUCAAAUUGAUUUAUUUGAACUUCGUCAAUUUUCAAAAGCCAAAAAACAGAACAAACAAAAAAUGAGAAUACCUUCAUAUCCAAUCUCAAGAAAAACUCUCAAAUCUCAACAUCCAUUAAUAAAAAUUUAUGGUAUCGAUGACAAAAAAACAUUAAAAGUUGAACAAAAAAUAUUUCGUUAUACUCGUUAUCUACCAAAAAAAGAUAAAAACGAAAUAAAUUUUUUCGAAUGUGAUAAACAAUUUCGAACGAAAUCAGAUUGUGCUCAACCCAAUUUAUCACUUCAAACUGUACGUCCACAUGAUUUCAAUACAUUUCGUCGUCAUUUCUAUGGCGUAAAUCAUCAACAAAUUAAAUCUUCUUUUAAACAUCAAUCCAAUAUUGAAAUUAUUAAUAUUCGUCUUGCACCAAUCGAUAAAUCUGUUCAAAAUGAUUUUAUGAAACGAUUUAAUGAAAAUAUUUCGUAUUAUCCACAUUUAGUUUAUCAUGGAACAAAAUUAACUAAUAUCGAAAGUAUUCUUCAUUAUGGUUUUUUAAUACCAAAUCAACCACAUCCAACUAAUAGUAAAGCACCUAUCAUUGCUACACAAAAUGGUAGUGCAUAUGGUUCAGGAAUUUAUUGUAGUGAAACUGCUGAUUAUUCUUUAUCAUAUAGCAAUACUACCAAUACAAUUUUAGUAUGUGCAGCUUUACCGAAACGUAAUGAAACUGGUUUAGUUGAACGUUCUCAUGGAAACAUAUUAGUUUUAUCACAUGUGUCAGAAAUUAUACCGUUAUUUCUAAUUGAUUUUCGAUAUUUGAGUGGAUCAGGUAAGUUUGAUGUUCAUUAUUCGGUGUUUAAUGUAGCUAAUCCACAAACAAUGGAAUUUCUUGAAAAUGUAUUAGAAGAAGUUAUUGAUUUGUUUUCAACAUCAGAUGUUAUUCAUAUUGGUGGUGAUGAAGUCAAAUAUGAUCAAUGGAAAUCAUCAACAGAAAUCACAACAUUUAUUAACGAACAUAAUUUACAAUCACCAGCCGAUUUACAAAUAUAG